AUGACGUCGCCGAAGAAGGAAGCGUCGUUCGGGAAGAGCUCUGGGACGGCGUUGAACGCGUACGCGAGCGCGUCGCACGUGCGAGCCGUGGACGAUGGUGUCGUGGGCGAGCUCGCGGAUAGGCGAUUUUCGCACGGCGCGAGCAAGGAGAAGAGAGCGGGCGGCGACGGCGGUCUACCGCCGACGUCGCUGUCGACGAGAACGACGCCGAUCAAAGGACGAGGUAUGAGCGUGGACAUGGAUGUUGUCACGCAAAGAGCGUCGUUUCAAAAGUAUCGCGGUGAUGAGGUCGGUGCGGCGAGUAAAGACGUCAUCAAAGGGCCGAGUUGGGUGCAACCGACAAAGAGUACGAGCAUCGUCGCGCAGGCUAGGAAGCGUGCGAUGCACAAGCGAACGAUGAGCGAAGAGCCGGGUGCGUUCGCGGUAGCGUUCGGCGGCUCGACGCCCGCGCGAACGCUCUCGGGAAGAUUCGAAGACGAUAUACAAGAGAACGGUAACGUCGACGAUUCGCUAUCGGCGGAGCAAUUUUUGCAAAAGAUAGCGAGUGUGGUGGAAUCGAUGCGCGAAAGACAUGACUUCGUAAGAGCGCUCACGAUUGAGACGAUUGAGCUGUGUAAAAACUUAGUGGAGUUAGAGGCGCCCGUGAGCGCGAUGCUUCGGUUGGAAGAAAUUGACGAGACGUCGGAAACGGGGACGUUCGACGGAUGUGCGACGGAUUUUGUCGCCGCGAAUGAGGGUUCGGAUUGUAGUUUCGCUGGCGCUGCGAUUUCAUCGUCCGCGGCGCGAAAUCUUGCUGAAGAGGGGUUCGGGGAAAUGAUGAGCGCGCCAUCCCCGACGCCGACGACCUCGGGCGACUUUUCGCUUGAAGCCGUCGAAGCCGAGCUGCGCAGCGUGCGCAGGCUUAUCGAAGAAUAG